AUGGGUAAUAAUCACACAAAGAAAACAAAGGAAAGGGGGUUUCCAUCCUCUAUCCCUCUUAAGGCAACAGUUACUCAGGAAGACGCACCUGCUACAUGUAAGGUGUUAAAAGAAGAUAUUAAGGCAUGCAUUAAAAAUGGCAAUACGCCCUUGUUAAUAGCCGAUGAAAGCGAGGAUAGCUGGCAGACUUUUCAGGAGCUACAAGACCAAAAUAUUUUUCUUAUGGACUGUCAUUUUCUAAAGGAGGAAACGAUGAAGAUGAACAUUAGAAUAUCUACUCAACCAAAGGUUUUGUCAGAAAAUGAAAACCAAAGUAUCAAUAAGCUAUACAAACGUUUGCAAGGUGGAAUCGGAAAGAAAACAAAACUACAGAGGAAAGAAUUCGAAAACUGGGGCCAAACGGUAACUGCGAGUGUGUUUUAUUGUGAACCUACAUCAAAACGGGAAAUUCAGAAGGUAAUUCUUGCUGCGGCGAAGAACGGGGUUGGUGUGCGUGGUGUAGGUGGUAGUCACACGUGGGCUCCUGUCAUCUGUGACGAUAAUCAGAUUUUGAUGAAUUUUACCAAGUUACAGAGUGAUUACAGACAUGGACACAAGAUUAGAAUAGCAAACAAGUCACGCAACGAAGUAGAUGUUAUGUCAGGAGUAAAAACAUCAGAGCUUAAGGAAUUUCAGCUGAAACAUAAACUUAACCUUCCAAUAAAUGUAAUGGCGGAUCAUUUUGAUGUGGUGGGGACAAUUUCUGUUGGAGCACACGGUGCUGGAAUAAAUGGGAAAAGCAUCAGCGAUUACAUAGUAAAGAUGCGCGUUUUUGACAGCAGAGGCCAACUAAGGACUUACACUCUUAAGAACAAGAGCAUGUUUAACGCAGUAAGCGUCAGCUUCGGUUGCUUUGGUAUUAUUUACGACGUCACUUUUAAGAUGGAAAAAGAAAUAGUUGUGAAGACACAAAAUAUGUAUUGCAGUUUACGGGAUGUAUUCUACAAUGCUGAAAAGAUCAAGUCUUUAGCGGAAGAAAACUGGUCCACCCAGAUUUUCUGGUUCCCCUACAACUCAGUCAGUUUACUUGACUACGAGCCUAAGAAUGACGACUUAUGGAUACGGUUAAUAAAUAAAGCGCCAUCUAACGUCGACUGUAAGGAUUUUGGAUUUUAUCUUUGGCAAAGUUCAAAAGACAAGAUUUCGCAAAAAUCAUUGGCUGCUGUGUCGCCAUUACUUGCUGAAAAUACAGAAUUAACGCCAUAUUUAUCCUGGGCUGCUUUCAAGUCAUUAAAAUACGUCCUCUACCCAAGUGGCCAAGUGUACCAAGAGCUUCCACAUGCCAUACACUAUAGAACACACAUUGCUGACGCCCCUGUACAUGAUAUGGAGUUUAUCUUUGACCACAAAGGCGAUUAUAACAAGGUCCUAGAAAUCAUUCAAGUUGUGGUGGAGAAAACAGACCAUUAUGAAGAAAAAGAGGAAUAUCCAUUGAACUUAUGUCUUGAAAUGCGUUUUAUGGCAUACAGUGAUAUGUACCUUGGAUGUGGAAAUGUAGGCAAUCCCGCCAAUGGCGGUUCUGGCCAUGUGUUCUGUAUCGAAAUAAUUAGCGUUACUGGUACAAAAGGAUGGGAGAAGUUCAGUAUAGAUGUAGGGAGAGAGUGGAUGGCCCUGGGAGGCGUUCCUCACCUAGCAAAACAGUGGGACUAUCUACCUGGUAUCCACAGGCACAUCCAGGAGAAAAUGUGCCUGGAGUUAAAGACUUUUAAAGAACAACUAGAAACAUCAAAAGCGGAUCCCCGCGGCAUGUUUCUCAACAAAGGCUUAAAGCAGUUAUUGAAUCUGUGA